CAUCUCGCUCUUUGUCUAACGCUACCGGGCGGCUGGGCGACUUUAGGGUGACAAAUGGAGACCUUCAAUCAUAAACUGAACUCUUAUCUAGAGACAUGGAUGGGUCCCAGAGAUCAGCGGGUGCGGGGACUUCUGCUGCUUGACAACUACCCACCAACCUUUGCACUCACAGUCAUCUACCUUAUGAUCGUGUGGUUGGGGCCCAAGUACAUGAAACACAGACAGCCAUACUCCUGCAGAGGCCUCCUGGUGCUCUACAAUCUGGGCGUCACACUCUUGUCCUUCUACAUGUUCUAUGAGCUUGUUACCACCGUGUGGCAUGGUGGCUACAACUUCUACUGCCAGAACAUUCACAGUUCACCAGAAGUGGAUGAAAAGGUCAUAAAAGUCCUGUGGUGGUACUACUUCUCCAAGCUCAUCGAGUUCAUGGACACCUUUUUUUUCAUACUACGGAAGAAUAAUCGCCAGAUCACCUUUCUCCACAUCUACCACCACGCUAGCAUGCUGAAUAUCUGGUGGUUCGUUAUGAACUGGAUACCCUGCGGCCAUUCGUACUUUGGUGCUUCCUUAAACAGCUUGGUCCACGUUGUGAUGUAUUCUUACUACGGCCUCUCAGCCAUCCCAGCCAUGCGGCCGUACCUUUGGUGGAAGAAGUACAUCACACAGUUCCAGCUGAUCCAAUUCUUUUUAACCGUGUCCCAGACGAUGUGUGCAGUCAUAUGGCCAUGUGGCUUCCCCAUGGGAUGGCUGUGCUUUCAAAUAAGUUACAUGGUGUCGCUCAUUAUCCUUUUCUCAAACUUCUACAUUCAGAAUUACAAGAAGACCAGUGCUUCUCUAAAGAAGGAGCUCCAGAAUGGCUCUCCUGUAUCAACAAAUGGACAUGCAAAUGGGACAUCAUCUAUGGAGUGCUCUGCACACAAGAAGCUGAGGGUCGAUUGACAUUUAAGAAACCGUCACCCGAUUCUCACUGUAGCGUGUUAGCUAAUGCUGCUAGGAGGUACAGAUAUCUUCUAAUCUAGAAUAGUCUUGCGCUCACUUGAGAUGAAAUAAGCCAUAGCUACAAAUAUCCAGAGACUUUCCAUGUUUUUACACACAUUCCUACUAAUAGUAUUGAAUUAUUAAAUUAAUAUAGUUAAAGGAAAACAGUACUGUAGUACGGUUGACACUGUACAAUAUUGCCUCCCCCAGCUUCUAAAGGAAAUUCAGUCCGAAGCGAAAAGCUCUUUCUUGCUACCAAAAAACAAACACACACUUUGACUAAUUCAAUGAUGCCUCACACACAGAAGGUCCAAAGAUGAACUCUCCAGUGAGUGUGUUGGCAGCUGAGGGUUUCAUCACACUCGAUGACGUCUCUGUUUCAACAACCCACGAGACAAUUAAAAUAUUACAGUGCUUAUGAUGGUCCUAAAAUGUGUAAUGCAUCAUCUUGUGUUUUCCUUUAUGUCACUCCUGUCGGGGCUGUUGCAUAAUCCUAAAUUGUGCCCUGUAAUACUGUAAGGCAUUUUAGUGACAGCUUGGAACAGCAGAAAAUGCAUUUGCUUUAUAUUUGUUGAGCAAGGUCUCCAAUUUGGAAUAUUUAGCCAUCUAAUCAAAGCAUAGUGUACUGCUUAUGCUAGGAUUCAUAUUUAAACCAGUAGUUGGGCAGUAGGACAGUUGUGUCGUGUUUUAGGAGCACAAUAUCAACUCAGUAGUUUUUAUCAUCCCACUUGUUACAUAAAUCGGUUAUAUCUACUGUAGCUGUAUCCAGUAAAUUUCAUUAGAAGUUGAAUUAAUUAAAAUUAAUUAAAUAAGGCGAUGGCCAUUAGAUCUGCAGUGAAACUGCUUAUUGAUAUUAUUUAAGUAGUGAAUGUAAUAAUACUGUAUAAUUAAUUGCUAAAUACUAAAAUAUUUUUAUUCUGAUAAAGAGAAUAAAAGAGAAUUAAAGCUCAGUAUUGACCUUGGACACAGCAGUUGAAAAAACAAUCUCACCACAAGAUGCAUUAAGUAGCUGUUCUGGCGCUUUUGAUUGUCCCAUGUUCUUCGUCAGCACAUGUGAUAUGUUCAAAACCUCCAAAACAGCUACUAAAUGAACCUUGUGGUGGAAUUCUUUUGUCAAAUACUAUGCAGUUAAUUUUAUUUUUUAAUCUUUACAUAAAUAGGGUGCCUUCUGGACCAUUUGAUUUGGUUUCUAAUGUAGCAUUUUUCACCUUUUCAGUAUGCAAUCACCAGAUGUUCAUGUUGGUCCAUUUCAUACUAAUAAUGUCAAAUUCCCUGUUCAAACCCUGUGCCUGAAUCUUUGUUUCUUUUUUUGGAAAUACCAAAUGUCCUAAACCAUCAUUCCUAAUUUGACACAUAACUGAACGCAGUGUUGUUUAUCAUGGAAUAGCUGGGAACUAUGCAUUUUUGCUUUCUUAGUUAAAGAGUUAGCUUAGAUGAUCAAUACCACUCUCAUGUCUGUAAGAUACGAAGCAGCACGGUAGCUUAGCUUAGCAUAAAGACUGAAAACAGGGGUUAGCCUGGCUCUGUCUAAAGGUAACAUAAUCAGCCUACCAAAACCUCUAAAGCUCACUUCAGAUCUUUUCACCAUUGGACAGAGCCAGGCUAGCUGUUUCUCUAUUUCUAGUCUUUAUGCUAAGCUAAGCUAGCCGGCUGCUGUCUGUAGCCUUAUAUUACGCAUACAGUUAUGAGUGUGGUAUCAAUCUUCUCAUCCAACUCCCGGCAAGAAAGCAAAAGAGCAUUUUUCCAAAAACGCCCUUUUCCUUAAUUUUACCAUAUUAACACAAUUUUUUUAAGUUAAAACAACAAAGUCAUUACAUGAAAAUUAAUGUUUGUUUUUGGGUGGAGAAAUAAGGUUGUGGUGAUUCAACUUUUUAUUCAUAUGUUCUUCCUGAUGUUGAUGUUAUUUUAUUUAAACGAUUGCUGGAGUCCUACACAGUACAUUUUGGUAUAGAAAACAAAAGUACAAGGAUGUUUGAAUUGUGCACUCUGUAAAUCUGACACCCAUGCUGUAGAGCAAUGUUGCACUGCUCUACCAUGCUGAUUCAAUUUAAUGAAGUACAGUAUGACCUUACCCACUGAAUGAGCAUGACAUGUGGCUCAAAUGUAAAGGUGACCUAGAUUCAUGUUCAUUGCAUCAGAAAUGAUUGUUAAAAUGUGAAUAAUAUAUACAAAGGCCCCAUUUUCUCUGCAUGAUUAAUCUGGUCCACAAAACCUGUUUAACAUGCAUGAACCAUGUAUACUCAAAAAUUGAGUUAUAGUUAAUUUUGUUUUACAUUUUCAGCUACAUGCUUGCCCUGUUACAGGGCACGAUUAGCAUUAAAUUAAUACCCAAGUGAUAAAGGCCAAGGAAGCAUACAGGUAUGUAAUGAGAUAUCACAUACAUUUUAUAAAUAGUUUGAAUAAAUAUAUAUAUUUUCUGAAAUCUGGGGUAAAUCUGGGUUAACAUGUUGUGACUCAACAGCUUUACUCACUGUAAGACAUUAAAAACAAACUGAGAUUGUAAA